AUGACAAAGGCGGUGUCGUAUCUUUCUCCCGAAUUUCUCGCCUCACAUGGUGUGUCAAUGACAAAGCCUCUCCGAGACUGGUUGAGCCGGGCGUCGUAUCUCUCCAAAACCAGAACGUGUGAGGCUGACCGGCGCAGGUAUGAGAGGUGGGCUAUCGGAGUCGUGGAAGACGCCCUGCGCGCGCCGGGCGGGAUCGAGGGAAAGGAUUGGGCUCACGUCUCCCCUGUGAUGCCGGCUAGUGCAGAAGACAGAGAACCUGCGUUUCUCCAAAAUAGUAACGACAGAGAUCAAUGUGGCCGUUCUGUCGAACUUUCAUCUGUAGAUCACCGCGCAGUCUUGUUCACAGAGAGCAUGAGGCGUGCACCAACGGAGCUUCGGUCGUUUGUUGUUCAGGCGUUUAACAUUAUUGAUACAGAAGUUAGUGCUGGUAGGAGAAGCUAUGAUACAUUGACCUUCAUGGAGAUGAUUCAGGCGGCUCAGCAGCUUCAGCGUGUAUACCGUGAACAGGCUGUGAAUACUCAGCAACACCUUUGUAAGCAACCAAGCAUACCUCCCGCAAGACCGGUAGUGGGUCUUAAACCAACGGAAGUCGUGCAUGGGCAUCAAUGGGGUGUGAAACUCCCCAGAGCCCCUCAAGAAGAGGAGAAGCCACACAAGGCGCGGCGAAUAGAACCCAAUCAGCAACGAGAAGGUUCAUCAGUGGUCUCAUCGUCAGAAGAAGCUACACACACGCGCCUCUUUUUCCGAGAUUUGGUAUCUUGCAAUUCCAUGUUACCAUCGACACAAGCAUUCGUUGGGAAGUCGCAAGAGAUGGAAAGGAUGUAUUCCAGGUACGAGCCAACAGCUGAAGAUAUUCGCCCACGCGAGGUUCUUGAGAAGGCAUUUGUCUUUGUUUUUUCCAAGGCUAAGGUUAAAGAAAUGCAAGAAGGUACCCUUGCGUCUUUGCGAUAUUUGAAUGAACAAUUGAAAGGAAUAAGACAGGAUCUUCGCGUUCAGAACAUUCUAGAUGAGUUUGCCGUUGAAGUUUACGAGAGGCAUGCGCUCAUUUGUUUAGAACUGGGUGAUAUUGGAGAAUUCAAUCAAUGCCAGUCUUCCUUGAAAAAGUUGUAUGAGGGGCUAACCGAUACUACAAGGCAAUCGAUGUCGGACUUCUUUUGUUAUCGUCUUGCUUAUCUUUGUCUUGGUGGGCAGUACGAUGCGCUGGCAACGGAGCUAAUCACUUACACAAAUACCAAUGCAAAGGGUACCAAGGCGCCAAAGCAUGCUACUCAACGAGUUAAAAAAAGUGAUGUGCGGUGGACACUAAAGCUCUGUACGGCGUGUGAGGAUGGUGAUUGCUUCACAAUCUGCCGCUCACUUAUGGUCCUUCCGCGCGGAAUGCACUUGUUGGUAAAAAUAUAUCUGCAAAAGUGCCGACUAAAGUGGUUGAGAGAGUUACUCUUGUGUUUGCGGGGCAUGGUGUCGAUACGUUUCAUCAUGGCUUGUCUUGGUUUUACACCAGUCAUGGAGCCUGAGCACGGCGGUAAGGAGGAGAAAGGGAUCUUUUGGUUGGACGGCUCUUGUGUGGAAGCCGAAGAGGCUGUCAAAAAGUUCUUCGAAAUGAUCAAGUUUUCUGUGCCCGAGCGUUUUUCAUUCAAGGAGGAUAUCGACCGCGACAUGGCAAAGCACCACCACGAGCAGGGAGGAGAGAGACGUAUGGAUGAGAAAAUCACUUUAGUUGACGCUGCUGCGUUGUUCAAGUGCGUUGACGAGUAUAUCGCCUACCUUGGGACGAGACGCGAUGCACGUCUGCAUAACGCCGAAUAA